GGAGGGGACAGCAGAGCAAAGGGGAAGGGGAGAGAUCUUUUUUCUUUUUUGCUGAAGCCCACCCCACUUUGCAUCCCCGGGGAGCUGCUGCAGCCGGCGUUGCCCCAUGCCGGAGUGACUUGAUCUCGCCCCCUUGGUGGAUGUUCUUUGUAACAGGCGGAGGGAGCGACCAUCCCAAACCAGCUGUGUAAAUGAGUAUGGAAGAUUAUGACUUCCUCUUCAAGAUAGUUUUAAUCGGGAACGCCGGCGUGGGGAAGACCUGCUUGGUGAGGCGUUUCACUCAGGGGCUUUUCCCACCGGGUCAAGGAGCCACCAUCGGGGUUGACUUUAUGAUCAAGACGGUGGAGAUCAAUGGUGAAAAAGUAAAGUUGCAGAUCUGGGACACGGCGGGCCAAGAGAGAUUCCGGUCCAUCACGCAGAGUUACUACCGCAGCGCCAACGCGUUGAUCCUGACCUACGACAUAACGUGCGAAGAGUCGUUCCGAUGCCUCCCGGAAUGGCUGCGGGAAAUCGAGCAAUAUGCCAGCAAUAAGGUCAUUACCGUCUUAGUGGGGAACAAGAUCGACUUAGCCGACAAAAGAGAAGUCUCCCAACAAAGAGCGGAGGAAUUUUCCGAAGCCCAAGACAUGUACUAUCUGGAGACCUCGGCGAAGGAAUCGGACAACGUGGAAAAACUCUUUCUGGACUUAGCUUGCCGGCUGAUCAGCGAGGCGAGGCAGAACACGCUUGUAAACAACGUGGAGUCCCCGUUACCCGGCGAGGGCAAAAGUAUCAGCUAUUUGACUUGCUGUAAUUUCAACUGACGGCCCGGAGCGCCGUGGCCCUUCCUUUUUGCCGAGGCCCGGCUCGACAGAGGGGAUUCCGGACCUCCUCUUGACCCCAUCCAACCGACGGACGUAGUCGAGGGCGAGACCUUGAAGCAUGGCAGGCUGGCCGCUUCACCUGCAGGGUCGGCGUAGCAGAGUACAACCUGAAUAUAAACUGGCCUCUCCCAGAAAGCUCCUCUCGGAAGGCGGUGAACGAUGCAGGAAACCUCUUGCACAAAACGUUUUGGAUCUUUUCAGUAAGGGAAUGCACAUUAACCAUUUGGCGGCUCUCUUGGGCAGCCAGCUAAGCAAAUACCUGUAUAUAGGCCCCAAGUGAUGGAUUUAUUUAAAAAAAGAGGCAACUCGGUGAAGUCUGUGUGCGUGUGCGUUUCAUCCCCUCCCCCCCCCCCCCCAAAAAAAGUUGACAUCUCCCAAAUUCAGGCAUUUUUCACUGAAGUCAAAUUUUAAAAAGUUGGAAAAGACCAGUACUUUUGGAACCAACAAGAAUGGAAAUUAGAACUGCUCUGCUUCUUAUUCCCCAAUCGAGUCUAUUACUGCCUGCCUCUAUCUGUACAGAAGCUAGAAAUUUCCCACCGAUAGGGACCGAUUAAUUUUUAUUUCCCUUGAGUGCAAACAAAUUCUCCACAUCUCUUUACUGAUAAGAGGCAUUUUAGCUGGACAAAUUAUGGCCACGGGAAGGGAACGUUUGAGGUGACCCAGACGCAGUGUUAGGGAUCAAUAAACUUUGUCUGCUUAAAGGAAGUGUUCUAAAGUUGGUAAAUUGACUCAGUAUUUCUCUACUGCCACCUAUAUAUGGUUCCAUUCCUACCAUCUUUCCCCUCCUCUCAUUUUAGACGAGGCCUAAUAAAGGUGUUUUUUUUUAAUACUAUUGAUUAUUUCAGCAGCUAGCAAAAAAACUAGCCCUGGGCCGAGCAAUUCAGAAUGCUGAGAAUCUAGAAAAGUAGGCAGGGUAGGUGGCCGUCAAAAUAAUAUUAUAAUGUUAAAGGGGCAUACAGUUUGGAGAUCAGUCCAGGAUAUCCACAUGUCUGCUUUAAGCACAGACUCCGCACUGGGGUGUGCCGCUAGAGACCCAUUCGAGGGCCCUUCAGAUUAAAGCUUCAAGGAUGAAUUUACAGGGCUCUCAGGAGACAGGACAACUGGUUCAGAUAAGAGCCACCCAAAAUAACCGCAGCGUCAUCGAGUGGCGUUAAAGGUUUGAUGAAGGGCGUGUGUUUUUUUUAAUAGCGGCUCCCCCAGUGUUUGAAGAGCCACCAGUCGCGGAAAUAUUUUCUCAUCGGGAAGCGAGUGUAAAACUUCAUAAGCUUAGGAAUAACAACGGCAGCGCAUGUUUGGAAUUUAUUAUGGCUCUUUGUGCUGGCUGUGAUGAUCUUGCAAAAGCCGGGGCUUUUGAAGGGCUCUCUGAAGUUGCCUUUCUCCAUACGGCCUCUCCUGCAGUCUAGUUGCUUGCUGGCUCCCGCAAUUGUAGCUCCUCUGGUUUCCCCACUGCUCUCUUGGGUCAAAUUGUUGGCUCGGACAGUUCCUUUAAUCUGAAACCUCAGAUUGCGAGCAGUGUGAGAUGUAUCCUGAUCUGUUUUUACACCUCCGGCGCCAUGCACACGCAAGAUUUUGGGUUUUGCACUCUUGAUGCGGAAGGGGAAUGGAAGAAGCAAAGGCCCAGUUCGUUUUUGGACGCUGGUGUUGGUUUGCUUAUCAUUAGAGGAAGGGGUUAACUUUUCCGGUCGUGGUGGAAUUGCAAUGGACUGUACUUUUAGUAUUAAUUUGCUGGUAAUUCUGUAUUUAGUAUUAAUUAGCUGGAUAUGUACAGGAGCUGGGUGCAGGUCACUGGUCGAUGAGCCGGCGGGGCACUAGAGUGCAUCUGAAGUAGCUCCUACCCAAGGAGAGAGGGAAUACGCAAAAGCAUAGACGUGGGGCACGCCCACAGGUCAACUCUUGUGCAUCUGCCUUUCAUUUCAAUAGGGUUUGCACUGGGAAAGUGUCCGGUGGGUGAUGCCCAAUUAUUGUCACACAAUCCCUUUUGCAUUGGGGGGGGGGGGGAAGCUGCUAAAAGUUUUAGCCUUUUUGAAAAUAAAGCUGACAUUUUAAAGAAAAA